CGCCCCCUCAGUGCUGCGUAGUCCUGUCUCCCUCCGCCAGGAAACAUAGUUCCCCAUUCCGGGGUGGGGGGCCCCCGUUGGAGGAACCCCCUCCCUUCCCACUGUCACAGCGCUCCCUUCGCACUGCAACAGGACUGCCACUGGUGAGGAGGCUGUGGGAGUAUGAAUCAGCAGCAGCAGCAGAGAAUGGCUGCAGUUGGGACAGACAAAGAGCUCAGUGACCUGCUGGACUUCAGUAUGAUGUUUCCCCUGCCAGUGGCUAAUGGAAAAAACAGACCCACGACCCUAGCGAGCACUCAGUUUGGAGGAUCAGGUUUGGAUGAAAGAGCGGGAUCAGGUUCCUGGGGAACGGGAGAUCAAAACAGCUCCACAUUUGACCAAGGAAGGAGCUAUGGUGAAGGGCCCCACUACGGCGAGCACAGGGACCUGCCGUCGCACAACAGCAUAUCUUCAUCACCAUUCCUGGGAGCUGGACUAGUGGGGAAGAGCAGUGAAAGAGCUUCGUACUCCACAUUCGGAAGAGACACAGGGAUGCCAGGACUAAACCAGACUGGUUUCCUGCCCGGCGAAAUGGGAAUCGCGAGUCCGAGCACACUUUCUCCCACCGGGGUGAAAAGCGGGUCUCAGUAUUUUUCAUACCCCAACAAUCCUCGCAGAAGAGGUGCUGAGAGCAACAUAGAUGGACAGCCCAAAAAGGUUCGGAAGGUGCCUCCUGGACUCCCCUCCUCGGUGUAUCCAUCCAACUCAGGUGAUGACUACAGCAGGGAUCCAGCUGGAUAUACUCCCUCGAAGCCUCCCAGCACUGUGUACCCCGGAGCCUUUUAUAUGGCAGACGGACUCCAUAACUCGCCAGACCUGUGGAGUUCACCGGGUGCCAUGAGCCAGUCGAGUUACGGUGCCAUGCUGGGCAGUUCCUCCUCCCCGCUCCCGCAAUCCAGUGGCUUCAACAGUUUACACCAGCACGAGCGCAUGAACUACCAGCUUCAUUCAGGAGAGGUUAACGGUGGAAUCCCCUCUGUGUCCGGCUUUUCCUCUGCCUCCACGCCAUACGGUGUCUCCAGUCACACCCCGCCGAUCAGCGGGACAGACAGCAUGAUGGGUAACAGAGGAACCACGGCUGGGAGCUCAGGAGACGCACUCGGGAAGGCACUAGCUUCAAUUUAUUCCCCUGAUCACUCUAGCAAUAACUUCUCGUCAAACCCCUCUACACCAGUCGGCUCCCCUCAGGGGCUUGCAGGCACAUCUCAGUGGUCGCGAGCAAGUGGACAGGGUGCCUUAUCUCCCAGCUACGAAGGGAGCCUCCACACUUUGCAAAACAAAAUGGAAGACAGGUUGGACGAAGCCAUCCACGUGCUGAGGAAUCACGCCGUGGGCCAGACAGCCACCAUGCCGAGCAACCAUGGGGACAUGCAUGGACUCCUGGGCUCAGCGCCGGCUCACAGUGCCACCGUGGGCAGCCUGGGCCAGGCCUUCCCCACCUCCGUCAUGUCCCUGGGGAACAGGCACCCAACUCUGGUGGGAGGAGGUCACGCCGAAGAUGGGUUGUCCAGCAACCCCAGCAUGCUCCACAACCACGUCACGCUUCCAUCUCAGCCCAGCUCACUCCCUGACCUCAGCCGGCAGCCAGACACGUACAGCGCAGGCUUGUCAGGGGGGCUGGGACGAAGCAGCGUCUCCUCCGGAACCAGUGAAAUAAAGAGGGAAGAGAAGGAGGAUGAAGAGAACACGUCGGUGGCAGAUAACUCGGAAGAGGACAAGAAGGAACUAAAACCCUCCCGGAAUAGAACAAGGUGCUCUUUGAACAGUCAAGAUGAGGAUGAGGAGGACGAUCUUCUUCCCCCAGAGCAAAAAGCCGAGAGAGAAAGAGAAAGGAGGGUCGCCAAUAAUGCCCGUGAGCGCCUGCGGGUCCGUGACAUCAACGAGGCCUUUAAAGAGCUCGGACGCAUGUGCCAACUCCAUCUAAACAGCGAAAAACCGCAGACCAAACUGCUAAUCCUACACCAGGCCGUAUCAGUCAUACUGAACCUGGAGCAACAAGUUAGAGAGCGCAAUCUGAACCCUAAAGCAGCCUGCUUGAAACGUCGGGAAGAGGAGAAAGUGUCCGGAGUAGUAGGAGAUCCCCAGAUGACACUUUCAGCUUCACAUCCUGGUCUAGGAGAUGGUCACAACCCUGUUGGACACAUGUAAAGAUCUUGUAAUUCCUCUGGAGAGAGAGAGCUGUAGGAAGAAAACCCUCGGUGCGACCUGCGACCUUCUCGAACCAUAAACUUUAGUACUGCUAAUACUGACACACGUGGACGGAUCCUGGCAUGACGUAAGGGGUGGAAAAAAAAAAAAAACAAAACCACAAAAUACUUUGUCGAAAACAAAAAAAAAACGCAAACGAAAACAAAAUUGCCUUAAGUGAAAAGUGCGGAACAGUCAAUACAUAUCACUCAGUUAGGAGGGGGUGGCGUGUUCUCUUGGCUUGUUCACAAGCAGCCAGCAGCAAAAUUGUGCCUAAGCUUGAUAUUUCUUUUUUUUUAAGAAAAAAAAAGAACAUUAGUUAUGAGAUUUUUUAUGUAGAACAAAUAGCAAUGCCUUUUGGGUUUUUUUUUUUAGCUUCUUUUUUGCAUAUGUUUUUUGUAAGCAACGAAAAAGAAUUUCUUUUUUGUAUAAAAAAAAUAAUGUCUUGUACCCCCACGCUUUUCUGCUGCUGUUUCGAUAGUUAACGUUGCAUCUUUAGGAUCAACCAGAAUAUUAAAAUUGUAUUAAGAGAGACUGGAUAUAAAGAGAGGAAUUCUCAGAUUCGGCUCUGAAAGCCACUAAAAGCGAAUGUAGCCACAGCGAGGGGAUGUUCUUCCUUGCCUGGCUUGUACCUUCCAUUAUAAAAAAACAAACACCUGCGCUGAAUUCACCAUCUCUUUGCUUCGGCCACUUCUGAUUUGGGGGCAAAGGAAGUUAAACAGCAAAGCAAAUCACGGCAGUGUCCCUCAGCGCUGCUCCCGCUCCUCCCAGGAGCCGACCAGGGUCCAUCAAGGGUCUCUGCAAGAUUCGAUUUGCUCCUGGAGGAUCCUGGCGUCCCUCCUGGGACCCCAGAGCAUCGCAACGGGGAGGAUGAGCUGCCGAGGAGGUGGAAGAGAACCAAGGAGCUGGAAAAUUUCAAGGUAAGCGACACGGAUGCAAGAGGGAAGCCCCAGGGAGGAGGAAAGCGCCCUUUGCCCACGUGUCUCAGCGAACACCCGCUGUCAGAGGCGCUUCCAGGGGUAGCGUUGAACAAAGAUGAACUGAACAAAGCUGGAGGACUGGGAAGAGGCAGAUGGAGCAAAGGCAGCAGCAGGACACUGUGCUCAGCGCCCUUGCAGCAGACAGACCGGCGGAAUUCAAGGUGGCAGGAAUGGGAGCGCUCGCUCCAGCCCUAGACAAGCCCCAACCAGCAGCAGGAUCUCCGUCUCCACACGUCUUUGGAGUUCCCACCAUUGGGAAAUGCGACACACUGCAGGCUUGCGAGAAAGGUGGUUUCAUACCCCACCUUCACCCGCUUUUCUAGCUCCAAAGUAUCCUCGGGAGCAAUCUCAGCUCGGCGUGCCGCCCGGCUUGCUGUGGGGUGCAGAGUGGCCACUGUCAGCUGCACAUGGGCUCCUCUCUCCAUGCUGGCAAGGAGGGGAGCAGCGAGCGCCUGUUCUGCACGAGAUGCUCCAGCAGCAUCUCUUCCCUCCGAGGGUUUCCCAGCAUCGCUCCAGACUGCUCUGGUGUGCUCAGUGGGAGGAAGCAGCAGCCCCGCUGCGUGGCAGGGUGCCUCAGAGAUGCAAGAGCAGACGAAGAGGUGGUUGGUGGUGCUGAGCUGCUGCAGCUGUUCUAGAGUCAGCAAUGGGAAAGCAUCCACCAGGAAUUUAUUCUUGUUUCUUCCUUCUCCUUCCCUUUCUGAAACGUUUUGUGCCUGGUUCUUCCCAGCUCUGCAGGCUGACUGGCUCAGCUCCCCAGGGGGGUGUUCAAUCCUAUCGGUGGUGCCUGUGAUGCUCUCGGACUGGGAACGGCUGCUGCCCGGAUCUGCCUGGCAGAGAUCAGUCAGGAAGGAUAAUUCAUGAGUUGGUGGCCCUAAGGGGGGACGUGGGGACAGGGAAUAGGGUAGACCGUGGCAGCAGGGUCCAUCUCUCCCCUCGGCUUCUCUGGCCUGUUCUCCUGAGGAAACCGUAUUGCUUUGGCCCCGGGGAAAGGGAAGGACUGGUGAGCAGGGUUAGGUCCUGUGGCACUUCCUAGCAACCCCAGGCUUUGGUGUAACAUCCUGGUGCUCCUUUGCGCUCAUAGCUGUGCUUUGUGCUCCAGCAAAGCCCACUGGAAAUGCUCAGGACAUUGCUCAGCUCCCACCUGUGCCCGGGUACCAUGGGCUCAGCCUUUGUAGCAUCGCAGAGCAGAGCCAAGCCACGUACCAAGGCGGAGCUGUAUGGGACCAUCUUCUCCCUGCUGCCCCUGGCACCAGCGUCACCCUGUGCCUCUGCAAGGUCCAACCCUAACUCUGAGGCUUUCUGGUGCUCCUGGCUUUUCCUGCCUGCAGCCCACUGCUUGCUUCUGUGUGCUGAGACCUGAGACCACAGCCACCUCCAGCUCUGCCUUCAGGAAGGCUGAGAAAGGCCGGUGGCCGUGGUCCCCGUAGCCCAGGAACACGUGUUGUGUUCUUCCCUGUGUCAACAGACGUCUUUCAGCCUAAUUAGCUCAUCAGGUUAUGACAUUCUUCCUUCCCUUGGGUUCUUCUGCCUGCUUAAACGCUGGCCAGCGUGAGAUGGAUGAGGUUUUCCUCCAUGUGUGACAUCCUUGUCCCCGUGGAGCUGUUCCCUUGCAGCAAAAGCCGUGUCUUCCCAAAGCAUCCCGCCAGGUUGGGUUGUGCUUCGGAUGCUGAAGUUGAGGAUGGUAAAACAGGCAGGGAGGGGGCAGUGCCCCUCUGUAGCCCACCAGCCAGAUCUGGGCACUCAGACAGCCCCGAUCCAUGCUCUGGGGUAGAAACUGGGGACUCUUCAGCUGCUUCAUCCCACGAGCGAUGUCAGCAGGAUGGGACUGGGGCUGGCGGGGCGCUUGCUGCUCCGGGAUUUCUGCCGGUUCGGUGCCACUGCCCCAGGACCAGGAGGGAUAAAGCAAUGUCCCAGCCCUGGCAAGCAUGAAACUGGACAAAAAUCAUUCAAAAGUGCUUCCCCCACACUUUGGUUUUGCAAAAAAGAGUUUGAGGUGGCAGUCACGUACAACUGGAGUUAAAGAAAAGAGAUUGUAGCCAAGAAAAAUCCAGAAACUCAACCAAACUGGAAAUUUGAGAAGAUUUGUGAUUUGUUGCAAACUUUGCUGAACUCUGUCAUCCCCUCCGAGUUCUGGCUAACGCUCCGCAGGCCAGGGGUGACUUCAGAUGGGAUGGAGCCUUUCCCAUCAUCCCAAAUCCACCAGGCAUUGUGAGAGAGACAGGGCUUUUCAUCUGAAUUUAGGUGGCUCAGAUGCUGUUUUCUUGCUAGCAGGACCACCUUUAGCAAGGCUUGGGCGAAGGUCAGCCCAGUGUUCGGCUGUGUGGAGCACAGCAAGGAAAAGUUACUUUGGCUUGACGGUGGUUUUGGCUCUGUUUGAGGCUGGUGUUACAACCUGCCAGGAAAAGUGGCUUUUCAGGCGUUAUGUUCAGAAUACCAUCAGCCCAGCCCUGAAAUCCCAACCUGUUGCAAUGAAACUCGCAUCUUUAGGUGUUAUGGUCAGAGAUAUCAGGGUCUGUGCCCUCUGCAGCCCACAGCUCUGCUGGCGUUCAGCUGUUCAGGCUUGCAGAUCACUUUUCUCCCCAAACUUGCUUCUCUGUGUGUCCCUUGCACCUGCGGUCCUGCAUGAAGAGGUGUCCCGGGUGGGUGAUGUGCUGCAGGAUGGCAUUGGGUUUUCUGCUUCCUCUCUCAGCCUUGCAUGCAUGGGUUCUCCCCGGCUGUGUGCCCCUCGCCACUGGGGCUCCCAACACCCCCAAAGCUCCCAUCCUCGGAUAAGGAACCAGGGAAGAGGUUGCUUCCCCCUUUCCUAGUUUUUUCCCAGGCAGGAGAGGCUGAGCUGCGUCGCAGCCGAACAGCAGAACUGGGGCGCCGGGCUGCCGUGGGACACUCCAUGUGCAGCCGGGCCACCUGCUGCGGUGCAAUCCUCACCUCCCCAGCCCAUAGCAGCUCCUCUUUCCUCCCGCUCCAGCAGCUCCCUGCGCAUCCUGCCCAGGAGCCAUGCGUGCCACCAGGUGCGGGGGAGUGUCUGGAAUCCAGGUUAUUAACAGUAAAACUUGCAGAUUUUGGUUCUUUCUCCCUCUUCGCCUGCUUUCGCCCCAGAGCAAAACAGCUGCAGCCUCCAAGACUGCAUCUUUAUAGUCCCAUCCUGGUGGUGCUCAGCAUUGAUGGAAGGUGGUGGCAGCCUGCCUGCUCCUGCUCCCAAUCCCACAGCUGCUGCCAGUGCACCCCAGGGAGCAAAAUUCCAGCUGACCCCUGGUUUUGCAGUCGUUUCCCUGCCUGUGACCCAUCACUCAGGCCUUCUCCCAGCCGAGCCAACUGCCUGGCUUGACUUCAGCUCCAGCUCUUUGCCAACAUCUCCUCAGGUUCCUCUGUUCUGCUUUUACAGCUCACUCUGGUGUCCUUCAGAGUGUUGUUGGACAGGACCUGGGAUAUCUGGAUCCCAGUCUGGCCACACUGAGCUCCAGCGUGGGAGCAAGAGGCGCAGCAGUGCCUGGGCAGACGAUUUGUAGCUGAAUUGCACCCCAAGAUCUCGCAUCCGGCUGUUGGGAGCAGGUCCAUGCCAGCCCCACACCAUGGAGUCAACUUGCUGCCCCUUCCCUGUGCGCCAGCACUCCCGGGUCAGGGAUUUGGUUCCUUUGCCAUUGGGGUUUUUGCCCUUUCCAGCAGAGAAAUGCAGAAUUGGGAUGUGAAACCUCCCCAGCUGUGACUUCAGUGAACCGCUUCUUCCCCCAGCCUGUGUGUCAGUGACGAGCUGGUUUCCUAGAGGUUUUGCUCUGGCUGCGCAGUAGCGGUUGAAGAGGAAGGACAGAAUCGGGUUGGGAUUUCCCCAGGAGUCUACAAUUUCAGGUUCAGUGCAGAAGGUGCUCUCAAAGGUCCUCUGUGUCUCACGCCUGUACCCAGUGAAGCCAGCAGAGCCUUUGGGCACUGGGCCCUUGCUGGGCAACCCAGCACAUCCUCCCCCUCGGCAGCCGUGAGAAACGGGAGAAACCCCCAUCCCCUGCACCCCUGAGCUCUGCUCCCAUGGAGAAGCUGCCACCUUCAGUACCGGGGAGCCCUUUGCAGCCCCUUCUUUGUGCUGUACUGGUGACUACAGGCUGGUUCCAGUUUCAGCAAGCCCUUGGCCUGGGGUUUUAGAAAAGGGCUGAGCAUGGGGAGCUGAAGCACAGCUCGUACCAGAGCUGGACUGGGAGAAGCCAUCAGUCCCCUGCAGGCUAACCUGGAGCAAGCCGUGGCCACUGGGUUCCCCCAUUCCUGCUUGACACCAGCAAUAGCAAGACCUGUUUUCCAUACCACGAGCUCACAUAACGUCUUUCCCCUGUUAAAUCCUAUGCAACCCCCUCUCCUCUCACCAGGGCUCUCCAGAUCCCAGCCCAGACCAUUCUCUCUGCUCUUGUCCGUGAUCGCUGAGUUCCUGCUCCCCUCUGCUCUCAGGGUCCAGCUUCAUUUCUUGCAGCUCCCCAAGCAUUUCAAGACCUGUGCCCUGGAGCCGGGAUGGGUAUGUGAGAGGUGAGACCGCAGGAACACCUCUUCCAGCUCACUCUGCAGGAGCUGAGCACUAAAUUGGAGGGGGCAAGGCCUGUCCCUAGGGCUUCUCCAUGCUCCCUUCACCCUCCUGUGCCUUCUGCUCAAUGCUUGGCAGCUCAUUGCCAGCAUCCUUUAUCUUGCAUGAUCUUCUUCUGCCCCUGAAUGGAGAAGCUGUGUCCCACCACACUGCUGCCCAGCUCCAUGGGCUGCUCCGUUGAUGCCUGAGCCUCAGGCUUGGCUUGGCUUGGCUUCCUUCAAGCUUGAAGGUGUGUUUUCCUUCCUCCUGUGCUCCU